AUGGCUCUGACGUCGAUGAAUGACGAACGUACACCUCUUCUAUCGGGUGCGAAAUGUUCGGCUGUCACAACAUAUGGUGGACCUCUUUCUAUUCGCGGCGAUGAAGAAUUCGCACCAUGCAAGAUACCCCUCGUUGAUCCAUCACCUUCAUCUAGAAAUUCGCGUAAUAUAGCAGGUGUCAUUUCAAUUCUUCUUUUAGGCGUCUUCAUCGCAAACGCCGAUGGAUCAUUAGUUCUCGCGACGAGUGGAACCAUCAGUAGCGAGUUCAACGAUCUGGGAAAUGCAGAAUGGUUGAUUUCGUCGUAUACGUUGGCUAUGUGCGCCACGCAAUCUUUGUAUGGAAAACUUAGUGAUAUUUAUGGGAGGAAAAGUACGAUUUUGGCUUCUUAUGUGUUUUUUGCGGUGGGUUCUGUGAUUUGUGGACUUGGAUGGAAUCUCCCUACUGUAGUAGUAGGUCGACUAGUAGCAGGUGUCGGCGGUGCCGGUAUUAAUUGUCUAGUAUCAAUCGUCAUCGCAGAUAUGGUUCCAAUUAGAGAGGUGGCCAAAUGGAGAAGUUAUGUCAAUAUUGCAGCUACGACUGGAAGAUCUCUAGGUGGACCUAUAGGAGGUUUCUUGACCGAUACUAUUGGAUGGCGAUGGUCAUUCUUGGGCCAAUGUCCGCCGACCAUCCUAGCUCUAAUACUCGUAAUGUGGAAACUCGAAAUUUCUCCACAGCAGGUCAGCGACAAACAGACGCACUUUUCAAAAUUAUGCCGUAUCGAUUUUCUAGGCUCGAUCUUCCUCUCCGUCUCAAUAGUUUGUGGCCUCGUAGUGCUAGAUCUCGGUGGUCAUCGAAUGCCCUGGACCGAUCUAAAGUUCUUAUCGCUAUUAGGCGUUUCAAUUGCAGCCGGCAUUUUAUUCUUUCUCGUCGAAGGAUUCUGGGCCAAAGAACCUAUUUUCCCGCUGAGAUUGUUGAGAAAUAGAGAUGUACUUACAUCGUAUAUUAAUUUGGGGUUUCAGUCGGGCGCUCAGAUAUCGAUGAUGAUGCUAGUGCCAAUCUACUUCCAAAUCACUGAUCAUGCAUCUUUCACUACAGCCGGUGCACAUCUAAUGCCUUCUGUUCUUGGAAAUGCGCUAGGAGGACUUCUUGCUGGAUAUAUCAUUUAUAAAACAGGCACCUACAAACCCAUACUCCUCCUCGGCGCCCUCUCCUCCACAACAUCAUACAUACUGCUUCUCACUCGCUGGCACGGUCAUACCUCCUUUCUCGAAUCUCUAUAUAUUAUCCCCGGAGGCUUCGGUAAUGGCAUUGCCCUCUCAGCGACCUUUAUAGGAUUAACAGCAGGUGUCGAACAGGAGGAAUUGGCAAUAGCUAGUAGUGGGCUCUUUCUAAGUGCAAAUAUAGGGACGGUAGUGGGUCUUACUGUGGCGGGUAGUGUAAUGGAGGGGGGCUUGGAAAAGGGGUUGAGGGUGGCGUUGGAGGGGUGGGAAGGGAGGGAGAGGGUAGGUGGACUUCUUUCUUUGGUUUCAUCUUGUCUAGAAAUAUUCAAGGAUUGCUAUGCUAUGCAGAUGUUUCAAUUACUAACUCAGCUCCACACAUCACAGAUCAUCGAACGAGCACUCUCGGAUAUUGAAUACGUGCGUGCUUUAGAUGGAAAGUUGGGAGAACUGGUAACAAAUGUGUAUGUGAAUUGUUUGUCUAAUACUCACGCGGUUUCUGUUUUUGCGGCGCUCGUGGCUCUGAUUGCUGCUUGUUGUGUUAGACAACAUCGUCUUUGA